UACGAGGAAACGUGGGACGAAGAAGACAGAGCAAAGUAGUGGGGGCGAGAGAAGUGUCCCCACGUGAAGAGGUGUGAGCAUGGCGUCCAUUCAGGAGCCCGAGGUCCAGUUCGCGCAGAAAUUAGCCUCCAACGAGAAGCCCAUCCGGACCAAGGCCAUAAAGAAACUGAGGAAAUACAUAAAUGUCAGGUCACAGAAAGCGACAGGUGGAUUCACAGGUGAUGAACUGCUCAAGCUUUGGAAGGGUCUUUUCUACUGCCUGUGGAUGCAGGACAAACCACUGCUCCAGGAGGAGCUGUCAAACCAGAUCUCCACCCUGAUCCACAGCUUCCACGAUAUUGAUGGACAGCUUUUAUACCUGGAGAGCUUCCUGCAGACCUUCAAACGAGAGUGGACUGGAAUCGACAGGUUGCGGAUGGACAAAUUCUUCCAGCUAGUUCGCUUCAUGUUCAGACAAACCUUUGAGUUGCUGAAGAGGAAAAACUGGGAGAGCAGUGUGGUUUCCAGGUUUCUGGAGCUAUUAACGGCUCAGCUUCUGCAGAGUGGAAGCGCAGCGCCCAGCGGGCUGCAGUUCCACAUCCUGGACCUUUACAUGACUGAACUGGCAGCUGUGGGUUCAGCAGAGCUCACUGCUGAUCAGAACCUGAUGUUCAUCGAGCCGUUCUGCAAAACAGCAGCCAAAACCAAAGAUCGGACUCUCUUCAGCGCCAUCUGCAACAGCAUCUUCAGCAGUAUUAUUGACCAGGCUCCCUUCGCCAUUGAAGAUUUGAUGAGGGAGGUGAAAGCGAAUGAGGACUCAGACUCAGGACAGGCCUCUGAAGAGGACUAUGAAGACCACAUAAAAGAGCAAAAGAGCAAACCACUCAGCGAGAAAUGGACAUGGAAGCAGAUCAAUGGUAGGAAAUCAAAUGAUGAGGAAGAAGAAGAAGAGCAGGAUGAGGAUGACCUUCUUCACUUGGAUGACUCUGACCCAGAGGUGCCAGGUGAUGAAGACAUCGGUCCAGUCCUACAGUUUGACUAUGUGGCCCUGGCAGACAAGCUGUUGGAGUUAGCCAGUCGGAGCAGUACACCCAGCUCAAACAGACAGAGACUCUACAAAAUCAUCAAAGUACUGCGUGACCUUGGUGAAGGCGUCUUUCCUCAGGAUGAGUAUCCAGAGGAGGUCUCCACAGAUGAGGAUGAUGAAAUGUUUGCCAGCAGGAAGAGGAUGAAGAGACAAGGAGGAGAUCACAUGGAGGAGGAUGAGGAGGGGACAAUAGCAGCAAAGAAAAGUAAAGGGAAGAAAAAGGAGGCAUCCACUCUCAACAAACAAAACCAGGACUUGGGAAAAGAUGGCUGUGGACAAGCAGAUGAAAACAAAAAGAAAAAGAAGAAGAAAAAGAAGAAGAAAGCAGUGCAGGGUGGAAGUUUAGGCUCAGAAGAGAAUUCGGAGAGACCUCAACAGGGUCAAACUAUGGCUCAAGCUCAAAGUACAGUUAAAGAGACUGGAGGACAUCUGACGUGUUCACAAGCUGAAGAUUUAGAAAAGGAAGCUGAGUUGCAGAACUCCAGCUCAUCUGUAAAAGUCACAGAGGCAGCUUCUCCACAGGGUCAGUCAGAGACUCUGCUCCUCUCUGUGGAGCCCUGCACCACUGACAAGGACCAAUCUGAAACCUUUUCAAAGAAGACAAAGAAGAAGAAGAAGAAGAGCCUGAAAGCAGAAUUACUAACAGGUGGGACUGAGGCACAGAUCACAUCAAUAAGCUGUGAGGCUUCAGAGGAAAACAAUGCAACAACAGCACUGGAGACCGAAGCUACAAUGCCUGCCAUGAAGAAGAAGAAAGGUACGAAAGCUGAGAGGAAACCUGAGGGGAGCGAGGGCGAAUCACAGAUCCACGGUGUGAUUUCAGACACAUCAGUACACUGUGAGGAUUCAGCAGAUGGUGACACAGUCAUCAGGGCUGAGAAGCCAACUGAUGCUAUAACUCCUGCCAAGAAGAAGAAGAGUAAGAAAAAGAGCCUCAAGGCAGAUGCACAGGUUGAGGUAGAAGGAAAACACACCGACAGUGAGAUCACAUGUGAAGCAUCACAACAUAGCACAGCAACGCCACUUAAAAAGAAGACAAAGAAAAAGGACAAGCAUGAACAGACACUUGAAGCUUCACCUGCUGCAGAUGAAAGCACAGUAACACCACUGAAGAACAAGAGGAGGAAGAAUCAAAAAGAAGCUAUGACUGCAGAGGAGACCGCUCAGGUGGUGAAUGCUGAGAAGCUGCUUUUUGAGAUCACCAUGACAACGCCAGCAAAGAAGAAGAUGAAGACACCAAAGCUGGCAGCAAGCCAGACCACUGAGAUGAAAGAUGAAAGCCAUCUGCAGGUGGUUGGCAGUACGGAUGCAGAGCUCCCAUUGGAUGAAACUGAGAUGGUUUCUUCUUCCAGGAAACCCACCAAGAAGAAGAGGAAGAUCCCUGUGGAGUUUGAGUAUGAGGCUGAUGAGCUGGAGGCGGCUGCACUGAUCAGUGACCCUGCAGAAGGAGAGACUGGUGCCAAGAAGACUAAGCUGGGAACUGAUGCUGAAGGGCCAUCCACACCUCUGAGUGCUAAGAAGUCACAAAAGAAGGUGAAGACCCCCUCACAGGCAGUGUCUGACUUCAUCACUUUUCAGAGCAACACUGUUGCCCCAACACCACUCUUCUUCAAGACAAAGGGAAGUCCCAGCACCCCACUGAAGAAGAUUCAAACUCCCAAAUCCGAAUCCAAGAAGGUGACCUUUGGGCUCAAGAAUAAUAAAACAGCUGAGUUUAGGAAGACUGAUCGCAGCCUUCUGGUGAGUCCAGACGGGUCAUCACGAGUGCCCUUUGACCCAGAGCAGAAACCCAAGUUUGGGGUCUUGAAGUCUGCGGUCACCAUCAAAAAGACCCCCAAUGGCAAAGCAAAGACCAGCUCGAAUACUCCAAAGAGCACGCCUAAGCGACGACCUUUGGCAGCAGACUUUUUCUAACUUCCCACGCCGGCAGACUGGAGAUACAGAUGCGAUCCUCUUUGUGAACUUUUUAAUAAUAGACUGAUUAUAACAAAUCCUGUUUUGGAGACAUAGAGGUAUUUUUUAUGUUUAGCUGAUAAUCAGUGUUGUGCUUUGCCUCUUCGAGUGACUUGAUGUUUGAAUAAAGUUACUCGUUCCAGUU